GCCAUCAUCUUCUCUGCAGAAGUUGUUUCCAUAAUUAUUCCUCGGGCAUUCUCGAGGAUUUCGGAAACUCGUCAUGACUCGACGUUCUAAACGUCCGCACAGCAGUGGAGCAGAACUGGAGAGAAUGGAAGUGGACGAUGCUUCACUCCCCAUCGACGCAGAAACCAAGAAAACCUCUUCCGAGACGAUGUCCCUUGAAUCUGCCCGAGAUCCUUCUGAGUCCUCUCCAUCCUCUGCAUCCUCUCCAGAGUCUCGCAGAUCCCUUCGUGCUCGUCCAUCUCCUCAGGAUUCCCCAACCCCCGAGUCGAGCUCAUCAAACGAAACAGAGCCAAGCUCCCUUCCUCCAGGCCCCAAAUCUAAAUCCUCUCGGCGUCGUCUUUCUCCAAUGUUACCCUCCCUCCCCCAGAACAAGGAUUGUCUAUUCAACGUCCUGAAGGAGUCAGACAUAGAUCUUCCAGCGAUAGCAUUUCAGUGGAUUGAAUUGUACAAAACAGAUCCUGUCUCUGCAACAGUAGAGCUCUUCGAGCUCUUCAUCCACGCGAGUGGCUCCUCCUUCUCCAUAACCCCGCAAAUCCUCAACGAAUUCACUGAAGCUACGCAGAAGAGGAUUGAGGAACUUUACGACCACCGCAAAGACUUCCCCCUGAAGAUGUAUACAAUCACUUGGAAAACCUUCGCCUCCAACUUUAUCGAGUUCCUCCGAGUCCUCUUCCUGCAGUGUCAGAACUCCAUAAUCUACGAUGGCAAUCUCCUGAACGCUCUCACCCUUCCCCUUACGAGUUUCUCGUCCUCUCCAGUACGUGCCCUGCGCUACACCUCAACCCUGAUCCUACUGAACCUAGUGACAGUCCUCAAUGAGAUCGAUUCCAACGUGAAAUCCACCGAAGCCAAUAAUAAUCGCCAGCUGAAAUCAGAGACAGAAAAAAUUCCAUCGGAAAGAUCUAUCGGAAGAAUUGAAUCCCUCCAGGCGAAGAAGAAUGAACUCCAAGAGAAUAGAACCAUCCUCAUUCAUUCCAUAGUCGCUAUUAUGAAUAAUGUAUUUGGCCCACGAACUACGGACACCCUCGUUGAGAUUCGUCUCUUGUGUCUGGAGGAAUUGGGGGUUUGGCUGGAGAAAUAUCCCUUGAAACACGCUUCCAACCUCAAGUUCAUCGGUUACGGUCUCUCAGACCCGUCUCCUGAGUUCAAGGUCAAGUGCCUGAAGAUCCUGCAGUCAAUCUACGAGUCAGAAGACCUUAAUGACCGUCUCGAUGAUUUCAAUAGGAAAUUCAAGGACCGCAUCGUUGCUAUUUGUCUAGAUAAAGACACGGAAGUAGCUGUUGAAGGAGUUAAGCUCAUGGGAAUCAUUUAUCAGAAUUAUAGAACUCUUCUGAGUAAUGAUGAUCACGAGAUCAUGUACCAGUUGGUAUACUGCAAACACAGGAAUGUGGCGAAGGUAUCUGGGGAGUUUGUUAUAGCAGUCUGCAGUGCUGAUGAUUCAAAUGAUUCCGAGGAGGACCAAACGGAUGGGUCAUUGCUGAUUAAUUUGGUGGCGUUCUUCACAGAGUCGGAUCUUCCAGAUCAUGCUCCGUAUCUCGUGGACGCUCUGAUCGAUGACAACGAAUGUUUGCAGAACUGGAAGUCCAUGACGAAGCUCCUCCUUCAUGAUGAUCUUAAUGAAGAUAGCAUCAUCAGUCUCGUGAAGAUAAUGGUAGCUUCAGUGCAGCAGUCGGCCACUGGGAUGGUCCCCCCUGGCAGGGUACGAAAGAAAAGAUUGACAGCCGGAGAUCAGCAGAAAAUACUUUCUGAUAAACAAAAAUUGUCUGAACACUUCAUCCAGAGUCUUCCACAGCUCCUGGUUAAAUUCAGGAAUAAUCGGGAAGUAAUAUCGAAACUCCUGGUAGUCCCUCAGUACUUCGACCUUCAAAUGUACGUGACUUCUCACCAGGAGAGUAAAUUGCCAGAAUUAUUCAAUGAAAUAAAUGUAAUCAUCGAGGAGACAACUGAUAUCAAUACCCUCAGGGCUAUUUCAAAGACGUUGGAGUAUUUCACUUCUGAGUUACAUCCCAAAUUGUCUCAAUGUAUAACCGUAAGAGACAACAUUCUGUCCACAAUAAUUGAACAGUAUAAAAAAACGAUGAAUGAUUGUAUUGAAGCAAUAUCUCAUGGAGAAACACUUCGGGAGGAUAUAACGAAAAAUGUUGUGGAGUGGAUGAUGAAAGUGGCUGUUUUCGUGAGUUGCCAUGACAUGAGGAACUUCGACAUGUUUGAAUUUGCUUUCGGAAUCUUCAACUGGUCGAAGAAUUUCCUAUAUGAUCUUGGGGAUGGUUUCUGUCAUGCCAUGCAUACUGUUUAUUACUUGUUUCUCUGGGGGAGGAAUCACUUGGAUUCGGAGGAAGCCUUGGGAGCUGGCGGGGAGCAGGAGGCUGUACAAUUUAAGAAAAAACUUGAUGCAUUCAUCAAGGACACGACAAACUUCCUGGAAGUAGACAGUGGGGCCUCUCUGGAAAUUCGAACUGAGGCAUUUAAAUGCGUGUGUGAUAUUCUCGUCGUAUUUCGAACGGGGCUCCAGAACAACCCCAAUCCUCUCCUUCAUAAAAUUAUUUACCAACCUGAUGGUACCAUGUUCGACAUUCUGAAUGUUUUCGUGCAGAAGAACGUCUUCGUCCAGGACAACAGUGACGACGAGUACCGCAGCAGAAGAAACAUCCUCAUGACUUUCUGUAAACUUUUUAUGUGCGAUGUGUUCCCAAUAGCUUGGUCCUGUGUAGUCCUCAAGCAUUACAAUGAUUUUUAUAAUGAUUAUGGGGACAUCAUCAAGAUGACUCUGAUGAAGGCCAAGGCACGCAAUAAAAUGAACUGGAUGAGAAUGAUUACGAUGACUCUUAUCACUGUUUACGAGAAUUCAAAUAUAGAGAGUAACACUAUUGAUCCUGAUGAUUUCUGUCGGCUCAUUGCCCUGGCGAAGAGGUUCAUGGCACACCUGGGGAUUGAUACAACGAGAAAUAAGGAACAAGUGAUGCAGAUUCAUUUAUCUGGGAUAAAUUACGUCACGGCGGUACCAGACAACGAAGUGCCGAAUACUGACGUUCCUCCAAGGAUUGGCUACUUGGAGGUGCUUGCCGAGUUCUCGGUAAAAUUGUCGAAAGAGGGAAAAGAUGAAGUAUUGAAAGCACUGGACGAGAUACUACCCAGUGAACGAGCAACACGUAACCAGGAGUGGCAGCCAUUGCUCAAGUACAGGAAGAGUUUGACUGGGAGGAGGCGAAAUCAAUUUGAUUCCAGAGGGGGACAGGGUGAGAAAAGUAAUGUUCCAGUCGAGCAAAGGAAGAAGAAAACGCCCAGAAAACCUUCUGCGCAGGAGAAGAAGGAAUCAUCUAAACGGCCUACAGUGCAGAAAAAGAAAACUAAGAAGGCAACACAUGCUGCAGAAACUGAAGCCGAGGAUUCCUUGGAUUUUAUCAGGAAAAUAGCAAAGGCUAGAGAGGGGAGGAAGAGGUUGGAGGUCCUUAAGGAUUCAGCAGUCCACGAAGAGCCUAUAGAGUGAUUCUGAUACUUACGGCGAUUGAAAGUCAAGACAAUUACUGAGAGAUUAUUUUUUUCUUUAUUCUUAAAUUUCCUUUAUAUAUUACUUUAUAUCUGCAAU